UGCAUUGGGUAGGCUUGGAUCUAAAAGCCAGCUGAGGCAAGAACCAAUACCCUCCUGCCCGCUCGUCGUUUUGAAAUGGGCCCUAGAUGGUGCACAGAGCUGGGGAGCAGCAGGGCAGCCAGGCCUGCAAGCAAAGGGGCGCGUGGUCGCUCCGUGCGGCUGGCGCGGGCUGGCUGUGCUCGCAGCCAGAGCGUCGCGGGGCCCCAGGCGGAUCACUCCUUUUUUCCUCUCCCCACUGCCCCCGUGCAGGGUGGCCAUGUGUGUAGGGAAGUGUACUCGGAUUGUGGGCCCCUGCCUCUUGACAUUGGGCACUCUCUCCAUCGCGGCCAACAUCCUCCUCCUCUUUCCUGGCUGGGCAUGGAAGUAUCUGGCAGACGGGCACAUCACCAAGCAGGCUAAGGCGGUGCCAGGCGUCUGGGGAGGAGGAAUAACUGUCCUGCUGGCAGCAACUCACAUCACAGCGGUGGGGUGGCGAUGCGCCGGCUGCUCCGACUGCGGCACCCGACGGAACGCGUUCCUCUCCGUCAUGCUAUCGAAGCUGGCUCUGCUGGGAUCUGCUGCCUGCUUCAUCAUGUCUGGGGUGGGCCUGACCAACGGGCCCCUCUGCCUGUACAACACCUCUGUCCCCGAGCACGGCCACAGCCCCCGCUGGGGUUACCCCUUCUUGGACCCGAACAGCCAGACUUUUGACACCAGGAUCUCCGUACAGACUGAAAAUUAUCUGUAUGACCGGAGUCUCUGGAGCACCUGCCUAGAGCCUGUGGGCAUCGUGACCUGGAACGUCUGCUUGUUCUCCGUCCUGCUGCUCAUCAGCGCUGCUGAGAUGGUGCUGGCCUCUCUUCAGAUCAUCAAUGGCUGCUUUGGGUGCCUCUGUGGCUUUUGUGAUGGGAAAUAGGUAAUUUUACCUCCUAUCAUUUCCCAUGUGCUGCUUUUCCCUGCUCUGAAGUGUCAGGAUGGUGUGAUGAAGCUACCUCAUUUGAAGUUGCGGCCGUAGGUGAAGGAGAGAAGGAGCAAGCGAGUGUCCGGAUGAGCCUUGCUUGUGGAGCAUGAGCCUGGAUGCAGACCCACUGUCUCUCCACAGCACUAUGAGUUGCAGCUUGGGUUUGAACACAGCACUCACCACUGGAAAAUCAGGGUAUCCCGCAUCUCCCUGCUUAUUACUGCCUUGGCUAAUGCUCUCACAUAUGCCCCCUCCUUAUUGCCCAGCAUGAAGAAGCAGUACUGGAGGACUUCUUCCCCCAUAUCCUUUCUCAGCUCCUUGAACAGUGGCAAGUGCUGGGGCAGAGACACAGAAACAUGACAAGCACCAUGGUGCAGAGCUGUAUGAGAAAACCAGGCUUUGCGUAAACCCAGGGAGAGCUUAAGUCUGUGCUAGUCUGGCUGUGACCAUCCAAAAGGCGCUAGGCUGUGAAGAGCCCAGGCUGCCCACACCACCUUGCCGACUUUGCGGUAGGCUUUGCGCUUUUGGACCUUUUGCUCUAGAAAACAAGCAACUGUAAGGAGGUUUUAAGGGACUAAAUCCCUCAUUACUCUUUGCUCACUGGUGUGGUGAUGCUCACUGCACCUCACACUUUUGUUGCACUACUUUCCUGUGAGGAGCACCAAGUCUUACACUGCCCCACGGGUAACGAAGGCUAAACCGACCUCAGACUACCAGCAGCUGAUCCCUGCAGAGAAAGGAGUCAGUGAGCUGGUGACACUGUUUCAAUGGCGUCGCUGCCACCAAGCCACUUGUGGAUGGCCUGAAGCAGCAGGAAUGGUUGCACUGCAGUGCGUCAGUGCAACCUGUGUGCAAAUGUCUGUCUGAGGGCUUGGACAGGCACGAUUUGCACAGGGAGAGGGCAAAGUCUGCGCCUUCUGCUUACACCGGUCUGGAGGAGUUACUGCUUUCAGAGCCAAAUGCAAGAAGGACAGACUCCUUCUGUAUGGAGGACAACUGCCUAAGCCUGGAAAGGAGCUAAAUACCAAAGCAGUGUGUGUGGCACAUUGUGAGCUUUGGUACGCCAAGGAUUCUCUCAGUGCAUUCUCUCUGGGUUUUACCUCUUUUUCCUACUUGGAGCAAAUGAAUUCAGGUAUUGGCAGCAAACUGACCUUGGAAAUCAGCCUUGUGGGCUCAUGAGUCAUGGAAAGAGGAGAAGUGGCUCUGGAAGGGAUGUGCGACUCCACACUUGACUUGCUGUGAGUAGGG